ACACACACACACGCAGAGCGUUGGGUUAACGUUACAUAACGGUGGGUGUGUGUGUAUGUGUGUGUAAGAAGACACAUGAAUCCAGGAGCUCGAUUCGCGCCUCAGUGAGCGGACAUCUUAAAAAAAAAAAAAAACAAAACAAAAACAAAACGAUUUCUGCCAGGAUUUAUGUGUGUGUAACUCCCGUCACCGCUCAGUCUAAAACUCGGCUGGUCUGCCACCAUACACACCUGCCCAGGUGUAAAAGAAACCUCAGAGUCUCCAGUUUCACCCAGGUCUAACCAGCCAAGCGGUGAAGACCCACACACUCUCUCUCUCACACCACACACACACACACACACACACACACGCUUGAAGCAUGGCGGAACCGGAGCUGAACGAGUCGUCCCUGCGCUCUCCGAGCUCGGCGUCUCACUCCGUCUCGUUCCCCUUCAUGAGGGAAGGCAGCCGCGUGUGGGAGAAAGCAGGGGAGCUGCCCAGCCCUCUGCCCACCAAACGCACACGCACUUACUCUGCCACGGUGCGGGCGAACUCAGGUCCCGUGUUUAAGGGCGUGUGUAAGAACUUCUCGAGGUCACGGGGUCACGGAUACAUCAAACCCGCUAAUGGUGGAGAAGACAUCUUCGUCCACAUCUCAGACAUCGAGGGCGAGUACGUUCCCGUGGAAGGCGACGAGGUGACGUAUAAAGUGUGUCCCAUCCCACCUAAGAACCAGAAGGUGCAGGCAGUGGAGGUGGUGAUCACGCAUCUGAACCCUGGAACGAAGCACGAGACCUGGUCCGGCAAGAUCAUCAGCUCGUAGGCUCCACCUUGGCCUGCUGUUGUUUAGCCUGGCCUGGGGCAGAAUCGGGGAUUUUCUUCUUUUCUUCUUUUCUUUUCUUUUCUUUUUUUUUUUCCUGAAGUAGGAACACAGCAGGUGAACACAAGUUGGAGAAGGAUGGAGGUAAGGAAGGAUAAAGAACGUAAUAAAGUAGUAGCUUCAAAAACAUGUGUUAGAGAAAAGGAAGCAAUGAGAAAAGUCAGGAUCAGAGAGAGAGAGAGAGAGAGAGAGAGAGAGAUUAUGGAAAUAGAAAGGCAGGUUAUAUAAUUUCAUUAUUUAAAAGUGUUACUGGGGAGCAACAGGAAGCAGAAAGAGAGAAAGAGAGAGGAACAGACAGAUUCAGAGAUUGUGGAAAUAGAAAAGGAGCUUGAUUUCUUCCUGACAGAUGUGUGUGAACAGGAAGAGAGCGUCAAACAGAAAGAAAAAAAUCUUGAAGAGAAGGGAACCAUGGUCAAAGUAAAAAACUUACUGAACUGUGAAAGACAAAGUAAUGACUCUGGACUUCCUGAAGUCAUCUGAUCGAACCCCUUCUCAUAAGCGUUGGCCUUUAUUUGUUUAUUGUUUGUUAUUUUAUUUAUUUGUUAGCUAGUUUUGUUUGUUGCGGGGCGGGGGAGCUUCCUUUCUGGAUUCUGUUGCAGAUUAUGCUGGAAUUUGAGACUAAUAUUGCACUCGAAACUUGAAACCCCAAAAACAACAUACUGCCAAACUGAGUACAACUCCCAGAAUUCCAGUGGGAGUGAUUCAGGGUAAACCGUCAGGAUUUUCUAGUCCUAUUUUGACAAAACCAGUCGGUCUCACAUCACACUUCUACUGAUCACAAUAGAAAGUCCUGAAAUGUCGUGUACCCUUGUUAUGACUGUAGUUAAUUCAUCAUUUGGUAGAAACUCGAUAGUGAAAGUAGCUCACUUUAGAAACUCUUUAGUUGAUCAUGUAUAAUUAAGUCUACUGCUGCAUGUAGUCAGUUCCUCCAACAAAAUUUCUAUGCAUCUUUUCUAUGCUUCAUUGUUUUGUAUUUAUUUGAUUUGAUCAUGUUUUUGUACUUAACUGACAACUUGGUUAGUUUAGAUUUAAAAAAAAUAAAAAAAAUUUUUGUUUUUAAUUUUAAAGCACUUUUUCCCUCCGGUCAGAUCACUGUGGCUGGUGUAGCAUCAUUUACGUGUGAAACAGAGUUAAUAAAAAUAAAACAUUUUAUUAGUCA